GCCGCUGCCUAAAAUCGUCAGAAUUAGAGCGACGGAGGCGGAGGAAAAACAGUCCUUCGCGGACCUAAUUCCGUCCAUAUUCAUCGCUCGAACAUCCCACAUCCUUCAUCAAAAACCCUAAAAUACUCUUUCCCUAUCUCUCUGUCGUCUUCCUCUCCCUUCCAUUUCCCGUCUGCUGUCGAUUCCCAUCGCGAAUUUUCUGGUUUCUUAUCCGUCGCGAUCGGGGGAUUCGAUAUCAGUCGACAGGAUUUUCUAAAUCGGAUGCUGUUGGGGAUUUUCCAACGAGAAUGGGAUUAGAAUCUUCUGGAACCGCAUUGCAUCCGCCACUGAUCCGAGCGUAGGUAAAUCUUUGAUUAUUUUCCUGCCGUCUGUUCCGAUUCCCUCAAUGGUGGUGGUCGCUUUAUUGAUCGGAGCUUGAUUUGAGGGUUGGGUCAUGGACGAGGCUGGUAUCAGCAAAGAAGACGAGCAUCCUCCUCGUGAGGCGGCUGGCCACCGGUUUUCCAAGCCAUCAUGGAAUCCGUGCUGCCGAGCUUUCCGUCCGUAUUCAUCGCUGCCUCCAUCACCGUGUUCUUCCACUGGAACAACCCGGAGAUCCAGUUCUUUGCGGGUCAUCGUAAAAAGACCUCUGGUUGCAAGACUAACCAAGGGCAUAGUUGAGACAUACCAAAUAUGUAACCCGGCAUUCAAGUAUUCUGAAGACUUGAAUCCAAAACGUUUCCUUACAAGCCCAUAUGUCGGAGUGCUGAAUGAAGGCUAUGAUAAUGAAAACUCAGAUCUCAUUUUGCAUGUGAACUUUGCCUUGGUCAAUUUAGGCUCACAGCAAAGGUAUGUUGUCAAAGAUAUUCUUGGUCAAGGUACGUUUGGGCAAGUUGCAAAAUGCUGGGUUUCAGAAACUAAUAGUUAUGUUGCUGUUAAGAUCAUCAAAAACCAGCCAGCAUACUAUCAACAGGCACUUGUUGAAGUCUCUAUUUUGACAACGCUAAAUCAGAAGUUUGAUCCUGAAGAUAAGCAUCACAUUGUUCGUAUCCUGGACUAUUUUGUAUAUCAACGUCAUCUGUGCAUUUCGUUUGAAAUGCUUGGUUCAAAUUUGUAUGAGCUUAUCAAGAUGAAUCAAUUUAGAGGGUUGUCUCUGAGCAUUGUCCAGUUGUUCUCCAAACAGAUCUUGCAUGCACUGGUUGUGAUGAAGGAUGCUGGUAUCAUACAUUGUGAUCUGAAGCCUGAAAAUAUUCUUCUAUCUACGAGUGUGAGGCCACCUGAAGUCAAAAUUAUUGAUUUUGGUUCAGCAUGUAUGGAGGAUCGGACAGUUUACUCCUACAUUCAGAGCCGUUACUACAGGUCUCCGGAAGUUCUUCUUGGGUAUCCAUAUACUACAGCUAUCGAUAUGUGGUCUUUUGGGUGUAUUGUUGCUGAGUUGUUCUUAGGAUUGCCACUAUUUCCAGGAGCUUCAGAAUUUGAUCUUCUGCGGCGAAUGAUACGAAUACUUGGACAACAACCCCCUGAUCAUGUAUUGAGGUUGGCAAAAAAUACAAAUAAGUUCUUUAAGCACGUUGCAAGUAUCCACCACUUUGAGGAUGAUGAAGCCUGCAAUGGAGGUGGAAGUGCUUAUCAAGUACUAACUGAAGAGGAAUAUCAAGUUAGGGAGUCGAAAGAACCAGUAAUAGGGAAAUGGUAUUUCAAAUGUGAUAAGCUAGACGAAAUUGUUGCAACUUACCCCCAUCGGACAAACUUGACUGAAGAAGAGAUCUCCAAAGAGAAACUGACCCGCUUAGCACUGCUUGAUUUCUUGAGGGGCCUUGUUGAGCUUGAUCCAGUUAAGCGGUGGUCGCCUCUGCAGGCUGUGCGGCAUCCUUUUGUGACUGGGGAACCCUUUACAUGCCCUUAUAUACCUGCCCCAGAGACACCUCGCAUUCCUGUUAGCCAGAAUGUCAUGGUGGACCACAAUCCAGGUGUUGGGCAUUGGUUUGUUGCCGGUCUCUCUCCUCAGGUUGCAAGAGUGAACAAAUGUCCUCAGAGUAGCAGUCAUUUUCAGGUGGCUCCUUUCUCUCAGGCCAGCAGCUAUGGCAGCUUGGGAAGCUAUGGCAGCUACAACGAGAGUGCCGGUCUUGGUGGCAGUUAUGGAAGCUAUGGGGAUAGUAAUAGUUUGUAUAUGUAUUAUUCAUCUGUAGGACCAUCUGGAUUGAACCUGCAGACACAGGGUGGAGGGUCAAUCCUUGGAUCUAGUCCAGAUGCUAGACGGCGAACUUCUCAACUCCCACAUGGAAAUGGAUUUGGUGCAAGUCCAUCCAUGGGAAGUCCUGGGACAAUGUCUCUGGGAGCUAGUCCCUCACAAUUUACUCCUCCAAGCUCCCAAAUGCAGGUAUCAGCUGGGUCACCUGGAAAGUAUGGUCCAUCAUCUCCAGCAAGAGGCACUGUUCAUGGAUCACCUUUGGGAAAAGUGGCUGCAGUUGGUCAGUAUAACAGAAGAAGAAGUCUGGGGUAUCCUGGAUCUUUGUGCAUGCAACCUCAGGAGAAUCCAUCAUCUCAACACUGGCCGGGGCAUCAAGCUGAUGGCAUCAGCUGUAGUCAUCCUGAGGGGAACUCCAGAGGACAUGUUGGUUCUUUUCGUGGUGUGCAGUUGGCCAGUAAUCCUUCAAGUUGGAGGCAGCAAAGGUGUGGUAAUGGACCCUCUUCAGGGCUGUCUUCGGCUCCUGUUCAGAAUAUUCCGCCAUCAUUUACGCUCGGUUCUCAAAUAGGUCUCUCUCCUUCAUCAGAACCUUAUGAUAAGCCUGAAUGCAGUUCAUCACCACCUGAUCCUGGAGAUUGGGAUCCCAAUUACAGUGAGGAGCUUCUUCUGGAAGAGGAUGGUUCUGAUGUUAGCUCCCUGACUUCUGGAGUUACCAAUGGUAUGCGCCUUAGUCAUGGUUCAGAAUCUACAACUACGACGGGUGGAGUUGGUAGAUUUAGCCGUGGCUACAACCCGGCGCGGACAAGCUCAAGGAGUAUUUCAACUAACCAAAGAACUAAUGGACCAGUUCAAUAUUCACACAUAGAGGGCAGUCCCCCUUCAGUCCAUGAUAAGCACGCUGGUUAUGGCCAUCCCAUGUCAAAGCCUUCAUAUCAUAUGCUUCACUUCUCACAAAACUCUCCCAGUCGUUUUGGUCAGCAACCUCUUCAUCGGUUCAACCAUGUACAGUCAACAUUCAGCCAUGGUGAGCGGAAUCAUCCAAAGUUUCAGUCGACUCCACCCAGCUAUAAUGCUGCAGUUCCGCAUUCUCCAGUUGAUAGAGUGAAACAAAACGUGGGGAGCCCAAGCUGGGCCCCAAUCAACUGGUUUCAUUCAAAAGGUUGCAAAUAUGUUGGCCACUUCACAUGCAAAAGUCAGUCGAUCCACCUGAGUUUGCCCAAAACUUGGGUGAGUUUAGUUGAAUCGGCUGAGCAUGUUGCCCAUGAGGGAGCAGGAUCUGUAGCAUGUUUUGUUCAUCAAAAUGGAAGAUCUGGAGGCGUUGGUAAUUCAUAUGUUGUUGCUGCAAUUGAUGAAUGGUGUCUGCAAAUUGUUGUAUGUGAUCCCAUCAUAAGUGAUGACAUUCACUUUGACCAUCGAUGAUGAAACGUAUGUAUGCGCCAUGUCAGUGACUUAUGUUGACCUGUGGCUGAAAAGCCCGACUGGCCAACCUUUUUUUGUGGGUGGUUUGCUCAAGACUGCUGGUUCAACAGGCCCAACCCAUAAAGUCAACAUCGUACGUACCAUGUUUAAAUUAAUUUUAUGAAUACACAAGUUCGAAAAAAUUAGAGACCUCC